UGACGACGUUCUCUCCGUUCAUUGGCUGUAGAAGCGGAAGCGACGCGCCGUCACCCUUCCGCCGAUCUCAAUACAAACACUACACGGAGAGCAGUUGAGGUGUAAACGCGCUCUGUUAGCUCUCUGCCGCUGGAGUGCUGACCUCAGAAGAGAGCUGUCUGUCGGGAUGGAGCUGGCGCACAGUUUGCUGCUGAACGAAGAGGCUCUGGCUCACAUCACCGAGGCCAAGAGAGCCGUCUUCAUCUUCGAGUGGCUCCGCUUCCUGGAUAAAGUGCUCAUAGCCGCCAACAAGGUGGAUGUGAAGGAGAAGCAGAAGAAGCUGGUGGAGCAGCUCACAGGUUUGAUCAGCAGCUCUCCCGGGCCUCCCACCAGGAAACUGCUGGCCAAGAACCUGGCGGUGCUCUACAGCAUCGGAGACACCUUCACCGUCUUCCAGACGCUCGACAAGUGCAACGACAUCAUCAAGAGCAAGGAUGACACCGCUGCGUACCUGCCCACCAAACUGGCAGCGGUGGCGUGUGUCGGGGCGUUCUAUGAGCGGAUGGGCCGAAUGCUGGGCAGCUCUUUUCCUGAAACCAUCAACAACCUCCUGAAGGCUCUGAAGAGCGCAGAGUCUCAGGGUCGAGGUGAGAUCCUGCUCAGUCUUCAGAAGGUGCUCAGCGGUCUGGGAGGAGCGGCGGCCUCCUGCCACAGAGACAUCUACAAGAACGCCCGCUCCAUGCUGACCGACCGCUCCAUGGCCGUGCGCUGCGCCGUCGCUAAGUGUUUGUUAGAGCUGCAGAACGAGGCCGUGUUCAUCUGGACCACGGAGCUGGAGAACGUGGCCACGCUGUGUUUUAAGGCUCUGGAAGGCUCUACGUACAGCGUCCGUGUGUCUGUGUCCACGCUGCUGGGAACCGCCAUGGCCACCGCGCUCAUGCCCAAGCAGGCCACAGUCAUGCGUCAGAACGUGAAGCGGGCGACUCUGGAGGAGGUUCUGGAGCUGAUGGCCACAGGCUUCCUGCGAGGAGGCUCAGGCUUCCUGAAGAGCGGAGGAGAGAUGCUGAAAGGAGCCUCGGUCAGCCGAGAGGUGCGGGUGGGCGUCACCCAGGCGUAUGUGGUGUUCGUCACGGCUCUGGGCGGUCAGUGGCUGGAGCGUAACUUCGCCGUGUUUCUGUCUCACCUGCUGGAGCUGGUGGCUCACCCCCGGGCCACGCAGACUCACGUGGAGGCCGUGUAUUCCCGCCGCUGCGUGUCCUUCGCCUUGAGGGCGACUCUGGGCGGUCUGCUGGGGGAGAAAGCUCAGAUAGCCGCUGCCAAGGAAAUCUGCCUGGCCAUCGGCAAACAGAUGAAAGCCGUGGAGGCUGUGGUGAACGACCCCGCCAGCGAGGGCCGGGCCGGGGCCGCAGACGUGUCGGCCAGUCAGCACGUGAUGGUGUGUGCUCUGAAAGAGCUGGGCAGUUUGGUCCAGAGUCUGAGCGCCACCGCUUCUCCUCUGAUCCAGGAGCCGUCUGUCGGUCUGUUGGAGACGGUCAGCUCGGUGCUGCUUCACCCCAGCAUGGCUGCUCGUCUGGCGGCGGCCUGGUGUCUGCGCUGCGUCGCCGUGGCUCUUCCUCAUCAGCUCACGCCUCUGCUGGAGCGCUGCGCCGAGUGCAUCAACAACCUGAAGAACUCUCCCGAGGCGGUGAGCGGCUACAGCUUCGCCAUGGCUGCUCUGCUGGGAGGAGUACAUCAGUGUCCUCUGGGCGUCCCGCACUCCAAGGGCAAGAUGGUGGUGAGUAUAGCCGAAGAUCUGCUGCGCUCCGCCGCUCAGAACAGCCGUCUGUCUCUACAGAGAACUCAAGCCGGCUGGCUGCUCCUAGGAGCCCUCAUGACCUUAGGGCCGUCUCUGGUGCGCUACCACCUGCCGAAGAUGCUGCUGCUGUGGCGUAACGUCUUCCCUCGCUCUCAGAAGGAGCUGGAGGCCGAGAAGGCCAGAGGAGACUCCUUCAGCUGGCAGGUGAUGCUGGAGGGCCGCGCCGGAGCCCUGUGUGCCAUGCGCAGUUUCGUGGCUCACUGUCCCGAGCUGCUGACGGAGGACGUGAUCCGCAGACUGAUGACGCCCAUCGAGUGUGCCAUGACCAUGAUGUCUCAUGUUCCUGCGGUGAUCAAGGUUCACGGAGCUCAUCUGAAGGCCAGCGCUGCCAUGGUCCGACUCAGGCUCUACGACAUACUGGCUCUGCUGCCGCCCAAGACCUACGAAGGCAGCUUUAACGCUCUCCUGAGGGAGCUGGUGGCAGAGUUCACGCUCACUGAUAACUCGGCCAACACCACCACGUCUCUGCUGCGCUCGCUCUGCCAUUACGACGACAGCGUGCUGAUGGGCUCCUGGCUUCAGGAAACAGAUCAUAAGUCUAUUGAAGAUCAGCUGCAGCCCAACAGUGCGUCCGGCAGUGGCGCUCUGGAACACGACCCGUCCUCCAUUUACCUGCGUAUCCCCGCCGCCGAGGCCGUGCCCGGACCGCUGCCGCUCGGAGUGUCUGUGAUCGAUGCCUCCGUCGCUCUGUUUGGAGUCGUCUUUCCCCAUGUCUCCUUCAAACACAGGUUGCAAAUGCUGGAUCACUUUGCCGAAUGCAUCAAACAAGCUAAAGGCGUCCGCCAGCAGGCCGUGCAGCUGAACAUCUUCACCGCGGUGCUGAGCGCUCUCAAGGGUCUGGCUGAGAACAAGAGCAGUCUGGGCCCGGAGGAGGUGCGUAAGUCAGCCCUAGCUCUGGUGAUGGGUGCGCUGGACAACCCCAACCCCAUCCUGCGCUGCGCUGCUGGAGAGGCUCUGGGCCGGAUGGCACAGGUUGUGGGAGAAGCGUCCUUCAUCGCCAGGAUGGCACAGCACAGCUUUGACAAGCUGAAGUCGGCGCGGGACGUGGUGUCCAGGACGGGUCACUCUCUGGCUCUGGGCUGCCUGCACCGCUAUGUGGGCGGCAUCGGCUCGGGCCAGCACCUGAAGACCAGCGUUAGCAUCCUGCUGGCCCUGGCUCAGGACGCCACGUGUCACGAGGUCCAGACGUGGGCUCUGCACUCGCUGGCUCUGAUCGUGGACUCCAGCGGGCCCAUGUACCGGGGUUACGUGGAGCCCACGCUGUCUCUGGUGCUGACGCUGCUGCUGACCGUGCCUCCGUCUCACACCGAGGUGCAUCAGUGCCUGGGCCGCUGCCUCGGAGCGCUCAUCACCACCGUGGGCCCGGAGCUGCAGGGGACCGGCGGCAGCAUCUCUACGAUCCGCUCGUCGUGUCUGGUGGGCUGUGCUAUCAUGCAGGACCACUCCGACUCUCUGGUGCAGGCCGCGGCCAUCUCCUGUCUGCAGCAGCUGCACAUGUUUGCUCCGCGACACGUCAACCUGUCCGGCCUGGUGCCCAGCCUCUGUGUGCACCUGUGCAGCUCUCACCUGCUGUUACGGCGGGCCGCGGUGGCGUGUCUCCGGCAGCUGGCUCAGCGCGAGGCGGCAGAGGUCUGUGAAUACGCCAUGAGUCUGGCCAGGAGGGCCGGAGACGGCAAAGACAACACCAGCAUCAAUCUGAACAUCACCGAGACCGGUUUGGAAGGGGUUCUGUUUGGGAUGCUGGACCGCGAGACGGACAGGAAGCUGUGCUCGGACAUUCACGACACGUUGGGUCACAUGCUCUCGUCUCUGGCUGUGGAGAAACUCCCUCACUGGCUCAAGCUCUGUAAAGACGUGCUGGCGGCUAGCACAGAGGUCGGUGGGACCGUGGCGUCCGGUGGCAGAAGGAAGGAAGAGGAGGAAGACUCCGAGAAGAAGGACGAGAUGGAUGAUGACAUCAUGUUCACGUCACUGGGUCAGGAUGACAAGUCCAAGCCGUCCGUGGCUCCUCGCUGGGUCACGCGGGUGUUUGCCGCCGACUGUCUGUGCCGCAUCAUUCAUCUCUGUGAGAACGCAGACAAGGCCCACUUUGACCUGGCCGCUGCGCGCCUCGCCAAGCCAACAACCCCCAAGCGUGUGAUUGGCCUGUACGUGACGAGAGUGUCGUCUGCAGGGGACUUCCUGGUGCUGCACUUGUGUGAUCUGAUCCGCAUGGCCUUCAUGGCUGCCACAGACCACAGUAACCAGCUGCGCAUGGCUGGUCUGCAGGCCCUCGAGGACAUCAUCAAGAAGUUCGCCGCCGUGCCGGAGCCCGAGUUCCCGGGCCACGUGAUCCUGGAGCAGUACCAGGCCAAUGUUGGCGCUGCGCUCCGACCUGCCUUUUCUCCAGAUACCCCCUCAGACAUCACUGCCAAAGCCUGCCAGGUGUGCAGUGCGUGGAUAGGCAGCGGUGUGGUCAGCGACCUCAAUGACCUGCGGCGCGUCCACAACCUCUUGGUCUCCUCUCUGGAUAAAGUCCAGGCGGGCAAGGGCCAGUCCAGCCAGCUGUACAGCGAGAGCGCCACUACCAUGGAGAAACUGGCUGUGCUGAAAGCUUGGGCCGAGGUGUUCGUCGUGGCCAUGAACAUAAAGAAGGAGUCUCAGUCCAUGCCGGCGCGUCCUCCGAAGGGUGAGGAUGAGGAUGUGGGGGACGAAGGAGACGCUCUUCCUCCGGACAGCCUGAUGACGUUAGUUCAGCCGGAGCUGCCGUCUCUCAGCCGUCUGUGGCUGGCCGUGUUGAGCGACUACGCUCUGCUCACUCUGCCUGCGGAGUUCUCCAGUCAGCUGCCGCCUGAAGGAGGGGCUUUCUACACUCCCGAGACCAUAGACACGGCGAGGCUUCAUUACCGUAACUCCUGGGCGUCUGUGCUCCACGCGGAGGCCUUGUGGCUCAGCAGCACAGGCUUCGGUUCGGCUGAAGACUCUGUUGAGGGCAAGACUGCUCCCGUCACAGGAACUGUAGUGACUUCUGCUCCCGGCAAAAACACAGAUGACCUAGUGAAGGACAGACUGCACCUUCUCUUGGGCAUCAGUAUUGAGUUCCUGUGUUUCCCUCGGGCCGAGGAGCCCAUCGAGGAUGUGAUGUCGUGUCUGUUUGCCCUCUGCACACUGCUGGACUCUCCUAGUGCUCGGACACACAUCGCAGAGGACCAGUUGCUGGCUGUGGAGCUGCUCAAUGUGCUUCACCGGCUGCUGUUAACACGUGACCCUCCCAGCGUCCAGCUGCAGGUGACCACACUUGUGCAGAAAACCAUUCGCGCUGCCCAAGAGCAUCUGGAGCAUAUCAGGAGCAGCAAGACUGAUGAGGAGUGUGUCGGGGAAGGAGGAGAAACCGGAGAGCUGCUUCCAGGGAAAUCUCUGGUGUUUGCUGCGAUGGAGCUGCUGGUUUUUAUCUUGGUGCGUCACCUGCCUCAUCUAAAAGCUAAGGACGCAGACGGCGUUAGACGAGCUCCUCAGCACCUGUCUGACGACAGCAACCGUCUGGUAGCAGCCACGAUCACGGCCCUCGCCGAGCUGCCAGCGCUCUGCUCUCCUGCAGGGAGCAUGACCAUCCUGCCCACGGUGCUCUUCCUGAUCACUGGUGUGCUGAGAGAGACGGCGGUGAAGACGUCUGAUUGCUCAGUCCCUGUGCCCGUGUCUGCGGCUCUGCAGGCCAUCAAAACCAUCUUGAGCUCUCCGCUGGCCCCCAGGAGCCAGACGCAGUGGAGCGCGCUGGUCAGGAGCAGUCUGGCCACCGUCCUGGAGCACUCUCAGCCAGACGCGCGCGGGGCCGGCGUGGAUGAGGUCAGUCUGCUGACGGCCAUCACGUUGUUCCUGCUGUCGGCCAGCAGUGAGCUGCUCGGCGUCUCCGUCCUGCAGAAAGGCUGCAUCGAGCGCUUCAGACACGGACUGGACUCUGCUGACCCCUGGACUCAGGCCCGCUGUUAUCAGCUGCUGCUGUCCGUCUUCCAGCACUCGUGUCGCAGUCUCUCCACCCCCUACAUCCACUCGCUGGCUCCGGUGCUGGUGGAGAAGCUGAAGGCCGUCGAGCACAACCGUCCGUCCGCUCCUGCUGAACUACAGGCUGUGCAGGAAGGAGUUAAAGUGUUGGAGGGCCUCGUGGCCAUGGGAGAAGAACAGAACCGAGUUCAGUUGCUGGCUCUGCUGGUCCCGACCCUCAUCUCGUACCUGCUGGAGGACACCACCUUCUCCACGGCCUCCAGCUCCUCUAAAGGCCUGCAUGAGUUUGCCCUUCAGAGCCUGAUGCACACUGGUCCCUUGUACCCUGCUGCCUUCAAGACGGUUAUCGGAGCGGCACCUGAACUCAAGACGCGUCUCGAGGCGGCCAUCCGAUCCAGACAAGCCAACAGUAAAGCCAAGACUGCAGCCAGACAAACACAGCCGACUGUCCAAGCGGCUCCCACCAUCAAACUCAAGACCAGCUUCUUCUAGCCGCUGCUUCAGUCAGUAAAGGUUAAAGAGACAUUGUCGUAGGCUUCGGGUCUGUUACAAGCUUUAGUGCAUCUUCUUUGUUUUUUGGGCACUUUUGAAAUGCACCUUAAAUACACGUAAAAUCUAAAUGAAGAACUUCUUUUUCAAAGCUCACAUAACACAGGUGGAAAAUGACUAAAUUCCCAUUUACCUGAAUAUUUAAUUGAUCACAUUCCCAUGUUUUUUGUUCAUGUUCUGCAAUGUUGUGUGUUUGUUUGUUUUUUAAUUAUAAUUUAAAUCAACUUUUUCAAAGAUUGUGCUUGUGAUUUUGGUAACUGAUGAGCAUUGUUUUAAACUACUGUCUAGAUUAUUGAAGGUGUAAACUACUUGACUUGUGCUGUGGAUGUCAGUGUAUACAGAACUUAUCAGAAGUUUUUAAUGUUUUGCAGUCUGUAGGUAUGUUGUAUAUUUUAGGUUUCGUUUGAGCUUUUUAAUCAUUUCAUCGCAGUGUCUGUAUUUUGCUGUGUAUUCCUAAAGUAAAACCGUAUGAUACAUAA